AUGCCUAAAAGAACCGAUAGUGGAUCAGGAGAAUCCAAAGUUCAGUUUGAUAUGUCUGAAAUUAUUCUAUUUUUACUGUUAAAUAGUGUGGAGAAUUUUUACGUUAAUUGCAAGGACGAAUGCACUAAUGCAGACGUGGAAAUAAAGGCUGUAUUAAUAAACUGUAAGCCAAAUAUAGAAAAUGUACAUUCAGAAAGAACAAAAUUUCAAUAUGAUGAACUUUUUAAAUACAAUGUAUUACAAGAAUGCGAAAAGAAAAUAGGAGUCUCUGUUAAAUUACAUGAUUGCGAACCUAAUUAUUCUGUCGAUGAAUAUGUUCCGGUAGUACAAAUUUCGGAUUCUUCAAGCGGAACUUAUCUACGAUUACUCAACCCGUACGUUUUACGUGUUCAACGUGAAGUUCCAUUACAAGCUUACAAGUUACGAAAAUUGGAGAAUGUAACAGUAGUGAUGUCACAAAAUGUCAACAUUAGAGAAGUACAUCGUUUGCGAAGAUACUCUGAGGUUUUUUCUCCAGUGAUAGCGGAAGAUUUAAAUAUCUUGGAAUACUUAAAGAGAAAAAUCGAUAACAACAUACGCAAUAACGCUAUAAAUGAUAAUAAUAUAAAAACAGUACACAAGCGAAGUGGUGAGAGUAACAUAGUUGUUGAAUUCGAAACUUACGAUAAUCAAACUAAAUAUGUACCUUCAGCUAAACUUCAAGAACAAAUAAUUAGAAAGGACGAUGCUUUUGAUAAAACAUCACCACGGAAUAAAUAUAGUAGCAAUGAAGCAACAAAGAAAAUUCGGGAAAAAACAAGUUCUUACAAUAUACCUUUUAAUCUAGGACAAAGUAAAAUAAAUAAAUCAUCCGGUGAAAGAUUUUUUAAUUACGAAUACUUAUUGGAUGACGAUCAUGUUCAUCUUAAGGAUUAUCUAAAUAAUAUUAAUGUUCAUGAUUUUACACUAUACGCAAUCGGAAAUCCUGAAAUAUGGAAAAAAGUUAAUAUGCAGCUAUUCGAGAAAAGGAAUACGCCCGAAGGAAAACCUGUAUGGAAUGACAUUACCAAAGGCCAUCAUGUCAGUCUUAGCUCUGUGACUUCAGAAUGGAUUGGACAAGAUGCCGCGGCUAAAUUUAAAUCAAUAGACUUCAUAAACCGAACUGAGUUUACAUUUUCAAUGGAGAAUUUAUGUAUAUUGAUUCCCAUGCGUAUGGAAAUUAUGAAAGGUACUCAUAGAACUUAUAUAAUAGUAUCGAUGGAUGACAUAUUUUAUUGGGAAAACAGUGCUCGAUUUAUGAAACGUGAUAAUAAUUCGUUUCCCUUUCGAAAUGCUUCUACUUUAUCUUCCACAAAACUGCAGGUACAACCCAUGAAGCCAAUUCGUAAAGUUUUAAUUCGACCUAAAAAAGCUUUAAUCGCUAUUGAUAAAAAUCAACUUAACAUUGUUACGCAAGGACCUAAUGAGUACCUGACUUUGCCGUUUCGAAAGUCAUAUGAAACUGAAAUUGACAUUGAGGCAAAAGCAGAUGAAAACCAAGUCGUACUUGUUGGGCAAUUUGGACGAAUCACUGCAGCAAUCUCGGACGCUUCCGGAAUCGUUCGACCGACAUUAUUUUUUCAGAUUACGAACACAGGUCUUACUUCAUCGAAAUUUAGAGUGUUACUUCGCGAGUGCGACACACAACUGUUUGAUAUAAAAAACCUGACACAACCCGAUUCAAUUUUAAUACCACCCAGAUUAACAAGGCUUAUGAAACUAGAACUUCCUGAUUUGCAAGACGUCGAUCGGUCCACUUGUUCAGUGGAGUUGGUUAAUCAUGAAGAUAUCCCAAUCGCUGCUAGACGUGUCGUAAUCAAGAGAGGGGAUCGUUGCUUCUGCAUUUGGUUUUGUGAGUGUGUUUGCUUGGCUGAUGAUGCAAAAUUAAACUGUAAAAAGAUGCGAGAACCACGACAAGCGGCUGCAGGCUUGUCAAGAAAAGAUAUAGCGUUAUCUCGAAGACCUCGUUCUUUCUGUUAUAACGACAAUGAAGCUGUUAAUUUCGUAGUUACAUUUCUUGGUGUUUUAAUAACACUUCUCUUGCUGGGACUGGCCAAAGGUUUUCUGGGUUUAUUUUUUCCCUGUAUUAGAAGUUGGGGCUUAGACAGAAUUUUAAAAAGUCCACGCCGCUUAAAACAUUACUAUGAGACUUCUCUUCGUUCUCGUUACGUCCAGUAUGACGCUGACGGCUGGCCAAUUCAUCCAGACACAAAAAAGAGAACAGUAUAUGCUGAAAGUCGAUCUAUGGAGUUUACAUUGAAUCUGAUAUUUUUCAUAACAAUUCCUUGCAUCGUGGUGUGUGACAUUUUAAGACAGAUCAUACAAAAGUGUAUCCCACAGACAGAGGACGAUGCCGAACACACUAACCAGAAUGACAAUAAUAAUAAUAAAAAUAUAAAUCAUUACACGCAGGCAAGAAAUUUUCUUGACGAAUGUAAAAACUGUUACGAAUGUACCCUAAACGACAUGCAUCCAGAAGAGUCUGGAGAUUCUGAACAAGACGACACUGUUUUUAUACUCAUGCAAUUGCAAAAGAGUAAAUCGUCAUUACAUAAAUAUCAAGCGACAUCCAAAACCAUUGGUUUCAAUCACAGUGUCAAUGAAGGAAUUUAAUUGCAUUACACACUACAAACUAC